GUGGUGAAGUGGAAGGAUGUGCGCGGCCCCAUCGCCGCGGUGCAGGCCGCGCUCUUGCAGAUCGGCUGGGAUCCGCAAAGAGCGGACAUGACGACGGUGCAGAUUGAGCUGAACCGCCUGGCUGCCAAGUCCAAGUUCGACGAGUGGGCCGCCGACAUUGCCGUCAUCUCGGGGGGCCAGUGGACCUCGUGA